UGCCAACUUUCAAAAUUUGUAACCUCAAAACAUUGUUACAAAAAGAAAAAUUAACAAUGGGGCACACCACACCAAUAGAAACUUUCCUUAAACAACACGAAAACCAGCUGUUAGCGUCGGGAGUACCGGAAAUCUACUGGGAACCCCUCUACAAAAAACUACUGACCCAAACCCUAGAUGCUGGCAAAGCCUUUCAAUUGCUUAAAAUUGAAUAUGACGAGCCGCGGUUGCCCCACGACCCCCUGUGGGGCUUGCAAGCCAUUAAAGAUUUAGAUAAGAACGACUCGGACAAUAUUUACUUAAUAGAUCACGCGUGGACAUAUAAAAUUCAAGAUGCCCGACAGCAUUUACAGUAUGACCAGUUGCGGUUUCGAAUGGCGGCGAUUUUGGGACUGGAUGAGACUCUGCCGACUGAAGAACUUAUAGAUCAAAUAUUUGAGAAUAUGUGGACAGUGAAUUGUACUUACACAAUAAGAAGUAUUGAAAAUUCUGAACAAAAUCCUAUGUGGUAUAUUAUGGAUGAAAUUGGUUGUGCUGUGAGGCACAGUGAUGUCCCAAAUUGUCGAAUAGUGCCUUUUGUUUAUGCGAAUGAGGGGCUGUUUUCAUUGCUUUUCCUUCAGGAAAAUAUGGAUGAAGGAGACUUCGCCUCAAGGGAUUUUGCAGAAUGUAUUACUGAUCCUAUAGUUCGAAAUGCUGCCUUAUUACCGUGGGUGCCUAAUUCCUUUGAGGAUGUUGAUAUUAAGCCACAAAUUGCUGGUGAAGAAUAUUUUCUUAGUGGGCAUAUACCUGAACAGUUACCUAAUUUGGAAAAUUUUACACAACCAAUACUAAGUAAGGAGAAAUACCUUUGUUAUGCCCAAUACAGUUUGGUGAGGAAAUACCUGACAGACCCCAGGUUUGAAUUAACGGACAGUGAAGAAGAAGCAGACAUUUUAUGGUACAUUGAGCACUUUAGGGAUUUUAAAACCCUCAGUCAAACACCUGGAAAGUUUACCAAUCAGUUUCCUUAUGAAUAUGUUAUCACUGUGAAAGACUUAUUAUGUAUGACAUGUCGUAGAUACAAAAAUAACAUGGAAACCCCCAAAUGGUUCCCAGUUACUUAUAAUUUGGUAAAUGAAGUGGGCAACUUUGUAAGCUAUUUUAAAAAGUGUGAAAAGGAAGGUAAAGACAACUACUGGAUAGUAAAACCUUAUAACCUUGCAAGAGGCAUGGAUAUUCAUAUUACAAAUAAUUUGAACUAUAUCAUGAGGCUCCCUGCCACUGGACCCAAAAUUGCCCAAAAGUAUCUCACAAACCCUGUACUGUUUUACAGAAGUGAAUGUGCAGGAAAAGUCAAAUUUGAUCUCAGAUAUGUGAUACUCCUAAAAAAGGUAAAACCUCUGGAAAUUUAUGUUUACAAAAGCUUCUUUUUAAGGUUUGCCAAUAAGCCGUUUGAACUCAAUCACUUUGAUGAUUACGAAAAGCACUUUACUGUAAUGAACUACACCGAAAAUGUGGUUUUAAAGCAUUUGAAAUGUGAAGACUUUAAACUGGAGUGGCAACAGCAAUAUGAAAAUCACAACUGGAACAUGGUGGAGGAAAAAAUUCUCACUAUGAUUAAGGAAAUCUUGGAGUGUGCUACCAUGGCACCACCUCCAUGUGGCAUAGCAGAAAGUCCACAGUCUAGAGCCCUAUAUGCAGCAGAUUUGAUGCUUGAUUGGGAUAAUGGGGAGAUGCAACCAAAGAUUCUGGAAAUUAAUUUUAUGCCCGAUUGUGAACGAGCUUGUAAUUAUUAUCCUGAAUUUUAUAAUGAUAUUUUUAAGUUGUUGUUUUUGGAUGAGGAAAGUGACCAGUUUUUCAAGUUGUAAGUGAUACGAAAAUGAAAAUUAUAUUUUGUUCUGCUGUUACAAAUUUGAGAGUCACAAUUGGGAUCUUGGAAAAUGUAGGGAAAGCAAAGAUGUUAUAUUAGGACAAAGGUGGCCAUUUUUGUGGUUAAUAAAAAACUCAUCACAGAUUUCUGGCAAUUAAUGGUAACUACAAAUAUGUACAACUUUGCCCUCAAAAUAAUUUGUUACAUAUUUAUUUCUGUCUUCAAUAUUUUGUUAUAUUUUCAGUAACAAUGUAUCAUAUAUUAUGCAAUUUUCUAUUUUUAAUAAUUGUCAAAACUGAAAAACAAUAUACAUAAUUAUAAUUGUUUAUCCGCUAAUGA